AUGGGACAAGCACCAUGUACAUCAAUCACUCCUCUUUCAGCACAUUAUUCUGUAUCCAUGCUCUCUGUCAAUGACACAGAGUUACACAACUCGUUGCAAAGGUUCUGGUUGCAGGAAGAACUACCUCCAUGCAAUAAACGCACAGCGGAAGAAGAACUUUGCGACAAACAUUUUGACGCCACUCACGCUAGAGAUUCAGACGGACGUUACAUUGUCAGUCUUCCAUUCAAACAGGCUCACCCCCCUCUUGGAGCUUCUAAGCUUGCUGCGGAGCGUAGAUUUCGCACAUUGGAACACAAAUUCCGAUCUCAGCCUAAUUUCUCGGAACUUUAUCAUGAGUUUAUGAGUGAUUACCUUUUAGCAGGUCACAUGGAAAAAGUUUCUACCAUUGACUUAUCUCAACCUCAUUAUUUCCUCCCUCACCAUGGGGUACUAAAGGAAACUAGCAGUACCACAAAGCUACGCACAGUUUUUGAUGCUAGUGCGCAGACUAGCACAGGUAUCUCUCUAAACGACGUCCUUCUCACUGGACGAAAACUCCAAACAGACAUUUGUGACAUUUUACUUAAUUUUAGAGUCCAUAAUGUUGUUUUUACCUGUGACAUACGGCAAAUGUACCGACAAAUUCGAGUCCGCCCAGAAGACCAGAAUUUUCAGCUGAUCCUAUGGCGUGAAGACCCCUCUCACGAGCUUGACAUCUACAAGUUGACAACAGUGACCUACGGCUUAAAUAGUUCCCCCUAUCUUGCCAUAAAGACCUUGGGACAACUGGUGAAGGAUGAAGGUGAAACUUUCCCUGACGUAGCCAGAAUCAUCAUCUCUCAUUCCUAUGUUGAUGACAUCAUCACAGGCUCCGUUGACGAAGAAUCAGCCCUCCAACUCAAGGGUCAACUCAUCGCCCUCCUGAAGAAAGGUGGAUUCGAACUCCGGAAGUGGUCGUCAAAUUCUCCUCGCCUACUGGAAGCAGUUCCAGAAGAUCAUCGUGAGACACCUGUCUUUUUGCAAGAUCCAGAGCAACCUCAUUACUCCAUCUUAGGACUACACUGGUCACCUACUACGGAUUCCUUCUCCUAUCACUUGGACCUACCCUCCGGCGCUUGUACUAAGCGUCAACUACUCAGCAACAUCGCAAGGAUUUACGACCCUUGUGGUUUUUUAGCACCCAUAACAAUGUGGUGCAAAUGUUUAAUGCAACUCCUGUGGACCCAACAACUGGGAUGGGAUGAGCCCAUAUCCAGUGACCUCGCCGACAAGUGGCAUCCUUUUGUAUCAGAAUUAUCAGAAAUUUCUCAGAUUAAUAUACCUCGUGCAUUCCAUUUUUCUGAAUCCCGCAGCAUGGAGUUGCAUGGGUUCUCAGACGCCUCAGAGCGAGGCUACGCAGCCGUGGUAUAUACUCGCUGUUUCACCUCUAAUAACACAGUCAUAGUCAGACAAGUUAUUGCUAAAACCCGUGUGGCCCCACUCAAAAAGGUCACUCUCCCCAGACUCGAGCUAUGUGCCGCUCAUUUAUUGGCACAAUUAACAUCACAUUGUUUGUCAAUUUUUUCCAAACACUAUACAUUCUCAUCACAUCACUUGUGGUGCGAUUCAACUGUGACGUUGACAUGGCUGCAAACUCCCCCCUAUCAAUUGAAAACUCACGUUGCCAACCGUGUUGCGCAAACUCAGGAAUUGGUUCCGGCAAAUUGGUGGCGACAUAGUAGCAGCGCAGAUAACCCCGCAGAUUGCGCUUCCCGUGGAAUACUUCCAUCACAACUCUCCAAACACACUGUGUGGUUCAACGGUCCAUCAUGGCUUCAGCUGCCACAUGAUGAUUGGCCGAAACCUAAAUUCAGUCCUAUUGACCUUGACGAAUUAACGGAUCUCAAAGCACAACCUCUUAAAGUAUUGACUGUUGUACAUCAACCCGAAUGGGACCUUCUUAGCAAAUUUUCCUCCUGGGACAAACUUGUUCGCGUAAUGGCUUACGUCAUCCGCUUUGUAAAUAAUUGCAGACAUGUUGAUAGAUCAAAAGAUAGUUUAUCCUCCAGUGAACUAAAAGAUGCAACUAACUUCAUUGUGAAAAAUAUCCAGCAAACCCACUUCAGUGACGAUAUUAGUGCCAUUAAAGAAGGACAAUUGUGUUCCCCCAGACUCCGGCGAUUGUCUCCUUUUAUCGACCAAUCUGGUCUACUCCGUGUCGGAGGUCGACUCAAUCGUGCUCCUAUCGACUAUGAUGCCAAGCACCCCCUCCUGUUACCCAAAAAUCACCAUGUAGUAAAUCUCAUAAUCAACUAUUACCAUAAGAAACAUCUCCAUUCCGGUCCUCAGUUGACACAAGCUUUACUUAACCAACACUUUUGGUUCCUCUCUGCCCGAAGUGUGAUACGCUCCAAUAUACUCCGGUGUGUUACAUGUUUUAAACACCGCCCAACAAAUAAAACUCCUCUCAUGGGUGAUCUCCCUACUUCUCGUUUCAAUCCCUCUCGACCAUUUCUUCAUACUGGAGUGGAUUAUGGUGGUCCGUUUAGUGUCAAGAUUCAUAAUCUGCGAGGCAACAAGACCAUUAAGACAUAUUUAUGUCUCUUUGUCUGUAUGGCGACUAAAGCUGUGCAUCUCGAGGUCGUCACAGAUUUAACCACUGAUGCAUUUAUCGCAUCCCUCACCAGAUUUGUGUCUCGCCGUGGACUCUGUACAGACAUCUACAGUGAUUGCGGGACUAACUUUGUUGGCGCUAAUCACGUACUAACUCGUAUUGUGCAGGAUGCAAUAAAAUCCUCUCAAGCUCGCAACGACAUUCGUGCAUUUGCUCUGCAAAAUUCUAUCAACUUUCACUUCAAUCCUCCAGCUAGUCCCAAUUUUGAUGGACUCUGGGAAUUGGCUAUUAAAAACGCCAAAUACCACCUAAACCGUGUAAUUGGUGAACAUAUACUCACAUUGCCAGAACUCAUGACCUUGAUCACUCAGGUGGAAGCCAUGCUUAACUCACGCCCCCUAACACCUCUCUCUGCGGAUCCUUCCGAUCUCACCGCCUUGACCCCUGGACACUUCCUCAUUGGUGCCCCCCUUGUAGCUGUCCCUGAAGUGGAUCUCCAGGAUCGUCCAGACAACCGCCUACGCCAUUGGCAAAUAGUCCAAGCUCUCCAUCAACGUAUUUGGAAAAUAUGGCAUGCCGAAUAUUUGCAUACGCUGCAACAACGGGGAAAAUGGACUACUCCUUCUCCAGGGCUUCAUGUUGGAGACCUCAUCCUACUUCAAGAGUCAUCACCCCCCCUUCAGUGGCCCCUGGGACGCAUCACCGCAACACAUCCCGGAGACGAUGGUAUAGUGCGUGUGGUGGACGUGCGCACCAACCAGGGUACAUAUCGAAGGCCUGUCUCAAAGGUCUUCCCUCUUCCCAUAGACUAA